UUAAGCUAUUUCUUUGAUUAACACGGCGCAUUGCAAUUGGUCCACAUUCGUUAUAUUUAAGCUUGGUAAAGAAGAUUACGUCAUUUAUAUAAUGCCUGUUAUCAACAGUCAAGUUUGCUCAGCGCAUAGAGUCAAACUUUUUUUAUCAUAAACGAAAGCGAGAGCGGAAACACACAGCGGUUUGUGACCCAUAUUACAUCCAUUUGGAGUCGAGCUCAUGGGCGUGAUUGAAGUAGUGAAAAGAUACGGGAAAGUAUUCCUCUUUUUAAUCGUGAUCCUCGUGGUGUGGAACUAUGGAAAUUUGGUCGAAUGGAAAGAGCAAAGCGGGAAACUGUUCUCUAUAGCUUCCAAUUCAGAAAUAGAAGAUGUCUGGGACCUAUAUAAAUAUUCGCAAAGAGAAAUUGCAAUCAUCACAGAAAUGUACCAAGAUGACGAAGAAUUGGUCCAAAUCGUUCGCGAAAGAUUUCUUCUACCACCGGUCACAAUGGAAUACAAUCUCACUCGCCCAGAAUUAGAUGAUCAGUCCAUGGGUCAGGGAAACAAGAUCAGACAAAUUUUGGGAGAAAUGACACAUGGAUUUUUUGUUGAAUGUGGCGCUUUGGACGGUGAAACUCGCUCUAACUCGUUAUACUUUGAGCGUUUUCUUGAAUGGGAAGGGUUGUUGGUGGAGGCAGACCCCCUUAACUUUGAGCAAGUGAUUCAAAAGAGAAGGAAAGCGUGGUUAGCUCCUACUUGUCUUAGUCUCGAAAGAAGACCUCAGUUGGUCAACUUCAUGCAAGCGAAGAACGUUGGGAAAAUUCUGGGCAAAAACGUUGAAUUCAAUGGAAAGUCGACCGAAGUGCUGUGUAUUCCGAUCACAACCCUGCUUUUGGCCCUAAAUAAAAAGCGAAUAGACUACUUCAGCUUGGACGUCGAAGGAAACGAACUUGAGGUCCUACGCACCAUAGAUUUUGACCAAUUCGACAUUCGGACGCUGUCCGUGGAAUUUAAGCACGUGAAGGCAGGCAAAGACAUGGUUCAGCGUUUUAUGAAUGAAAAAGGCUAUGAGGUCCACAGCACUGUAACUCGGAGUGACAACUUGGCCAAUGACUUUAUAUUCAUGAAAAAAGAUUAAAUGAAUAAAAAGACUAUUUCACUUAUAAUCAAUAAUGUAUUGUGACUUAUAGAAAAAUUGUAGUAUGUAUAUUGGAAGUGGUGGAAAUAAAUAAAUGUGUGGGUAUAGCGAUAUAUGAGUUGAUAAAGUUUGGCGCCACGCUGUCACCGCUCGACUCCCUUCACAUUAAAGCGGAAGAAAUGUCGCGUACGCAGGACUUAUACUUGGCGGCCGCCGCUGUGAUUGCCCUGUGGUGGACAAUUUCUCUGCAAAUGUCCGUCCGGUCGUUCGUCCAAGAGGUCACCACUUUCAAGCUCUUUGUUUAUCAAAGCCACACGUACAUGAAGGAGGUGCUCUCUACCUUUGAAAACACAUCACACUUGGAGGAUGAAAGCAGACCACAUUUCUCCUUUUCGCAGACUGAAAGAAAGCUGGUCAGUGAAUUUUCGCAAGAGGACGAGAAUCUGAUUCAGUACAUCAAACACAACCUUUUGAUUCCACCACCUAUGUACGUGGGCCCUGAUUGGGGGUUUGACCGCUCUAGAGGCAUCUUAACCGCGGUGAUGAAUUACCAUAAGAAUAUGACAGGGGGAUUCCACGUCGAAUGUUGUGCGUUCGAUGGUCAUUAUUCGCAAGCGCAUUUUUUGGAAACAUUUUAUCAUUGGGAAGGACUAGUAAUAGAAGAGGAGCCAUCAAAACUCGCCAAGCUAAUUAAGAUGAAACGCAACGUGUCGAUUUUGCCAACGUGCGUCAGCCCUGAGAAAAAACCUAUUCAAAUGAUGCUGAAUCUGCGACCUGACGGAAGCAGCAAAAUGAGCGAUAACGGCACCUUGUUGCAAUGCAUGCCUUUGUUUUCGGUCUUGAAAGCUGCUGGCAAGUCAACGAUUGAUUUCUUUAGUUUUUACAACGAGGGCCGAGAGCUAGAAAUUUUGAAAACGCUUCCAUUUGAUAAAGUAAAUAUUAAGGCUAUUGCAGUUUACAGAGCACGGAAGAACAAGGAUGUGAGCGAAACUUUGAAAACUUUUAUGUCUGAGAAGGGUUUCUAUAGCGCAAACAUCACCCUCGAAGACUAUGUUUUCCUCCGAAAUGAAAAUUGAUUAAUCAAUAAAUAAGCUUUUGGAUUUUUUUUU